AUGCAAUCAGCUUCCAUAUUCGCGGUGGUUGCCACCGCCGCCUUCCAUAUCGUUCGUGCCUCUGGCUUGCGGGUGCCCGUGGUCGAGGCUUUCCACGUUGAGGCUGGCAUGGAGCACCUGAGCGACAUGCUGGCCGACAUCGGGACCAUCGACGAUUCGAGCGAUGGCGGCGAGGUGGCUCCACGGACACCAGUUCAUGUGGCAGCCCAGCAGGUUCCAUCGCCGCCAGGGCCGAUUGAGCAGCAGGUUCCUUUGUCGCCAGGGUCAGUUGAGCAGCAGGUUCCAUCGUCGCGAGGGCCAGUUGAGCAGCCAGUUCUACCAGGGCCAGUUGAGCAGCAGGUUCCAUUGCGUCCAGGGCCAGUUGAGCAGCAGGUUCCGCCAGGGCCAGUUGAGCUGUGCGACGUGCUAGCGCUCGGGGUCAUCGAGAUCGACGACUCGCCUCCAGAGAAGUCGAAGCACUCGCAGCGGUCUCAUGCUCACGCAGCGCAGGCUCGGGAGGGCAAGGCCAAAAAACACGCGCAGAAGCUGAGGGGCCAGCUGGCGAAGCAGAAAGCGGAACACGAUAUGAAGCUCAAGAGCGUGGCGUUGGUUCCGGGUGUAUCACAGCUCAUUGGGAACAAGUCGUCGACGACGCUCGGGAAGCUCAAGCGACACUUGACCAGCGACGACUUCGUGAUUGCAUCGAGGGCGUGCUUUUUACCUUCCAAGAAGCAGUGCGCCAUUGGAGUGGACCAUCGUCGCUUGAUGAAGGCUGCUUGCGACAUCGCGGUCACCAGACAACUGCAAGGUUUCAGGGACAGUCUCAAGAGAAGCCGUGAUUCUAUUACAGAUGCCGAUACUCGCGAUCACCGUUUCGUACACCUGGGUUUCGGACAUCUAUGGGAUGAAGUUGAAGUGCGACAAGCAUGGAAGCCUGGGAAGCGCUACCGCGUCAUGAGAAAGAACUCGGACAUCCAAGGCCACUUCAUCGAGUACAUGAUCGCAAAGCCGUUCGAGCUGCAAGGCCAGAAGGCGAAGCACAUUUACCCUGGGCUGUUGAAGGCCAUUCCAGACGAGCUCAACAUCGUGAAGUGGUCGGAGGGCAGCGCACCAGCUUCGUCUGCUGUAUCUACGUUCACGUUCCAGCCCAUGGCAGACAGAGCCAGCGCCAACCUCGGCAUCCUCAAAAUGGGGAAGCUGAAGCUCAAGGCCGUCAAGAAGCAUACGAUGAGACAUUUCUCCAUCGCCAGUGCCAACAGGUACCGCACCCAGCUCGAGCGGAACAUCAUGGGAGUUGAGCUCUUGGUCGAGAGCAACGUCGAUUGCAUCAUGCAGCCGCCCCCUGAGGAUGUCGAGUACACGUUCCAGCUCGUGGUUGAUGUUCUGUUUGACUUGUCGGCUGACUUUCACCUGCGGAAGGGCGGCGCAGAUGACUCCCAGUUCAUCAAGGACCUGAAAGCGUUGGUGCCUUUGCUGAAUGGCGACGUGCGUGGCGAGAGGAUCAAGCACUACUGCCGUCAUCCUCAGACUGAAGUUGAUGGCAUGUCAGAUGCGGAUUACUGGAAGCAUGUGUUCAAUGUGAGGGCGAAGAAGAUCAAGGCCUACUACGGUGAUGAGCGAAAUUUCUGGGAACUCAUGGUGUUCGUGGGGAUAUUUGAAGCGGGCGAUUCUACGCUAUUGUACCCCCUGCUCGGCGAUCCGAUUGUCAACAGCAAGAGGGACGACCAGCGGUCGAAGAUGGAUAUUCUACUGGACAAGGGCGACACCGCCAUAGGCAAGUUCAGCCAGAAGAUGCUCGAUUUGGCAGACUCGUGGAUGGGCCUGCCCACGCGGAAGCCCUGGUGCCUUCUCGACAUGCUGGGGGCGCCUUUGACAGAUCAGACUUUCUCGCGGUUUGCACGUUCUCAGCUUCUCAAACUCAACAGCGUGAUGCUCAGGAGGUACGAAUCCAGGUUCUCGGCUUACCCUUAUCGCUUGUACCCGUUGGCCAGCAGCACGGCGUCGCUCGAGGAAGCGCAGAGGAUUGCUCACGAUGCCAUCAACGCGCCGUGGCACAUGAAGGACUCCUACACCAAGGGCAUCACCAGCCAUUUCAACACCGUGGGGAAGAUGCUCUCCAGCGAAUGCAUCGCAGUGCUCUUUGCAGAUUUCCGCCAGCAUGCGUACGGGACCGACUUCAUCGAGCGACUCAACAGCGAGUACACGGCGAAGAUCCCAGAUGAGGCACCUCGCAAGGGGCUCAGCGCGUACAUGCUCGAGAAGAACAAGUACAUGAAGGCGAUCAAAGCCGUGGUAGGGCGCAGGCUCACCAGGGACGAGACCACCAGUCAUGCGGAGACGUUCAAGCAUAUGGUCGCCGACUGCAACCAGGAUGCUCUCAAGGAUGCGUACGACCUUUGGAGACAAAGCCCCAGCGAGAACAAGGCCCUGGAAGUGCCGACCUACAGACCUAUCUGGGGUGGUGGAUGCAACGCGCUGCCCAUCACGGGUGAUGAGUUCUGCAAUUACAUCACCGCUAACGGCUGGCCGUCCUACCAGGAGGUGUUCGACGAUUCGCUUGAGGAAAGGAUGGCCCAGGUCGACGAGCCUAUCGAUUUCGAGCUCUUCAAGAACGUCGACCUGUGGGGAGUCCCAAGGGGGGCCAGGAAUGUCGACCGCGCGGCUUCGAGGGCACCCCACGCGUUCGAGUUCGUGGAGAAGGGGAUCAUGAGCUACAUGACGUACAUCGGCACGCAGAAGGCGGAGGAGGGCGACACCAUGCUCAUGGUCGAAGGCCCUGGCGUUCGUGGUGGUCGUUGGAGGUGUGCCGUCAUUGUGAGCGACAUCACGUGGAACCCAAGAGUUUUCGACAUCACCUGGAACAACUGGGUCAUCGAGAGCAACGAGAGGUCCGAGGACGUGGGCUCGAGCGAACGCACGGCCCCCGUAAAGGACUUGGUGCUGCCUUGCUGGGUGAGGAUCGCCGAUCGCAGCAACAAGGUGUCGGAGCGCUUCAAGGCUAUCGAUUCCAUGACGUCGGACGUGUGGAUCGACAAGCUAGUGGCUGAGCUCGAGAGCAUGACGGUCUACGAGGCAGAGUACGAGAUCGACCAUGCGUGGGGCAGUCUGCGCUUAUCCAAGAUUGUUGGCCUCAAGAGGUUGGGCAUUCUCUGGGAGCCAUCGAUGACGAAACCUUUGAGCUUCGCAGCAGCCACGGUCGACGCCGACAAGAGUGGCAUCGCAGCAGUUGGCGCCAUUGCCGAUGCUGAUGACCCCAGCGCCGCUCCACCAGAGGUGCGCGCAGACGGCGUGCCUGACGAUGAUGGUCGCGAGCCUGCAGGUGGAGGUCACGAGGUGGAGCGCGAGAUGGAUCUUGCAGAUGACUUGGAGUCCGUGACGUCCGUGGAGGAGAUGGAGGAUGCGUUCUCCGAGAUGCCAGCCCAGUUGGAGGCGCCAGUCAUGCCGCCGCCAGCCGAUGACUAUCGAGAAGUCAAGCAGCCAGAGCCUGACGACGAGGGCGACGCCGACUUCAUCGGGAUGGCUGCUGAGCACGUGAGCGAGGCGGCUGCUGAGCCCGACGCUGCUGCUCCUCCGAAGCUCGACGGCGGCGAAGGCGAGACACCACCUCACGACGACGCGGACGCGUCGGAGUCGAAGCCGUGGCAGAAGUUCUCGCCGAAGACGCCACAGGACUACUACUACCUCGGCGGCCGCCAGGUGUGCCGCAUCCAGCGCGGCAAGCCGAAGAACUCUAUCACGAUCACGUGCUACUUCCACAGCGGUUGCUCGCUGUGCGUGACUGAGCGCCUCGGCCCGAAGACAGACGAGGAGGUGUUCAGGUGGCUGUACAGCGUGCCUGAGACGCCCGCGGGCGCAGACGCGGCCAAGCGCAAGGAGCUGUCUGCUGCGCAUCGGGCCCUGGGCAAGGGCCAGUGGGCGGCGAAGCGCCCCGCCAGGUAG